AGUGUUACUUCUCUUCCAUGGGCCGCACGUUUGGGAAUCUGACCCGCAUGCGACAUGUGAUCACCUAUAGCUUGUCGCCCUUCGUGCAGCGCGCCUUCCCGCACUACUUCAGCAAGGGCAUCCCCAACGUGCUCCGCCGCACGCGGGCGUGCGCUCUUCGCGUUGUGCCCCUGUUUGUAGGGUUAUAUCUUGUCUACACUUGGGGGACCCAGGAGUUUGAGAAAUCCAAGAGGAAGAAUCCAGCCACCUAUGAAAACGACAAGUGAGCCAUUCAUCUGAGUAGUGAUUACCGGUGUAUGAGGGACCCUUCUCUGGGAGAGGAGUCUACACUGUAGUGUCUUGAAGACGUAAUAAACUUAUUAUGAACUGCAAAAAAAAAAAAAAAAAAAAAAAAAAAAAAAAGUAACACUUCUAUGUGUUACUUCUUCAUCUAUACUUAAAGGGAAAUGAUAGUAAUCACAAUAAAGUGUUAUUAGAAUAAUGACACUGCUUUUUGCUGCUGUGAGCAGAUACUGAACAGAAGAACCCAAAAACCCAUAUACAGAUAUCAGAUUUAAAAAAAAAGACAACUGCAUUUGCUACUGUUAAAUCAUUUAUUCUACUCUUCUCUAUUUUUAAAAUAAACAUAUUACUAAGAGAAGAUUAUGUCACAUACAUUGUAAGCAACAUUAGAUUUACCCAUUAAUUUUGGGGGUUACUCCAUGCCACUUUGAAAACUUACAGAUAUCCUUGGAAAAUUUGAAGCCUGUUAAUUUUGAGUCUUUCUCUCUCACUCCCAUAGAACCAAAAUUAAUAUGCUGGUCAAGAUUAUAGAGGGCACAGCUUGCAUGGAGCACUGGGUGUGGUGAAAAAAUAAUGAAUA